GCGAGCCCUCCCGUCACUGCCCGCGGUGCCUCCGACCUCCGCUCUCUCUCGCAGCGGGCGCCGGGGAUUGCGGGGGGCACGCCACCGGCCGCCGCCUUCCUGCUCGACGCGGCGGCUCGGGAAGUUGAGGUUUCCACACUGUUGCAGUUAUUUGGAUUUGUGCUUUUCCUGAAAUGGUAGGACUAGGAAACAGCUGCCGAGGGAUGAAGUCUCCACCUCUGCUUGUGGCUGCGCUCGUGGCGUGCAUCAUUGUUUUGGGCUUCAAUUACUGGGUUGCAAGUUCUCGCAGCGUGGAUCUGCAGGGUCGGAUCAUGGAUCUGGAAGGUAAAGUCCGCCGUGCGGCAGCAGAGAGGGGUGCCGUGGAACUCAAGAAGAAUGAAUUCCAAGGGGAGCUAGAGAAGCAGCGGCAGCAGAUUGACAAAAUCCAGUCCUUGCACAGCUUUCAGAUGGAAAAUGUCAACAAGCUACACCAGGAAGAGAAGGCAGUGCUGAUGAGUAACAUCACAGUAAAUGACCGAUUGAUCCAAAGCCUACGAGAACACUUGAAAGAGUUACAGACAGAAUAUGGAAAGCUACAGCUGAACGUUUAUUGGUUUCAGAAGAACCAGACUAACCUUCAGAGGAAGUUCUCAUAUGACCUGUCACAAUGCAUCAACCAGAUGAAAGAAUUAAAAGAGCAAUGUGAAGAAAGGAUAGAUGAGCUUACAAAAAAGGUUACUGAUGUUCCACAAAUCAAAGAAAACAAAGACGUAUCAGAAGAUUUGAAAAAAAGUAGCCAGGCCAGUAUUCAACUGUCAACCUUGGAGCAAACUGAGUUCAAGCAGGCUGACUUGGAACACCAGAAACCCAAUGAAGAUGGACCUAAAGCAGUACCUAUGGUAAAAAAUACAGACCUGCUGGAGGCUAAAGAAAGAAUAAAUGGCCUAGCUGACAUCAGAAAACAGGAGCCUAAGGCAGAAGAGGAGAAGCUCUCUAGUCAAGUGGAAGACCUGCGGGAUCCACUCAAAGCUGCUGCUGGUCAUGAAGAGAUGCUGCCUCAGUCAGAGAAGGAGCUGAAUCCUGAAGAUGAAAAACAAGCAGCUGGGCAAGAUGUGUUACAGCUGGCUGCAGAGCAGGCUGCCAGUGAAGAAGCUGAGAGGGAGCAGCUCCUGAAUUAUGAUGCUAAGCUGGACUUGCCCCCCAUAAAGGCUGACAAACAGGAACAUGAAGCACUGAAACAAGAUAGGGAAGUUGAUUACAACUUACAUGAGAAUGAAGCUGAAUCAGAAAUGGACAAGCAAGCAGCACUUGCAGGGAUUGAAAAUGUUCAAAACCCGGAAGAUACAAGGAACCACUUAUCUGAGCAUAGCAAAGAAUGACAGAGGUUGUGAACACAGGAAGUUCAGGAUGCAGCUUAAGUCACUUCUUCAUAUAAAUGCAGCAAGGAUGAGAGCAAAUUUAUCUGAGAAUCUUUUCAUUAUGUUCUCAAGACUUCAGUAAGAGCCUAAAUGAAGUAGUGUUUUCUUGUGAAGUUUUAGUACUGUUUCAGUGGUAAAAAAAAAAAAAUCUUAAAUCUCUGGAGGCUUGUUUAAAAGCAGCCUGACCUCUGCAAUAACUCCUUCCUACUGAUUAUAGAUUUGAAACCAGCUAGCAGUAAGCGUAGUAACUUUGAAGUCGGCUAACUUGUAUAGUCAUACUACAGAAACAGUAUCUGUGCGUUGGUGGUAGAUGAGAGUCCUCUGCUGAGGACAGAUCUUUCCCCUGAGCAGUGCAGUAGAGAAAUUCCAGCCUAGUUUUCAAAGGAGGUUAAGAGCAGAUAACUUGACAUAACAUGGGAAGGAUGAAAAAUGACCCAGGCUGCUGUUUACCACUGUUGUGCCUGUUCUGGCACAUUUUAUUGAAAUGUGGGAAGACUUCAAAAGCAUGAUCGUAAUCCUUGGAUACUUUCCAGUACGAUAUAUUUUCCUGGGCCUCUGAAGAGAAAUUACUGGUUUACACUGCAACCAGCUGAAGCGCCUACAAGAACCUGGUUGUGUUCUUAGCUUUUAGGUUAAGGAAAGAAAGACUUGGACAAUAGUGCCCUCUCAUUAAGAGAGGAGCCAGGGAGAAAGCUGGUUUAGACCUCUGUUCACAAGAUGUGUGCCACAGUAUGGUUCAGUUACCACUAACUUGCACAAGUUUAUAGAGAGUAAAAAUUUCAUCUGAACUUUUCAUGACAGAAGCUAUCUGAAAUGAUGUGCUACAACUACCCUUCACUCCAACCAGCUGCUAUCCUCCACUAAAAAGCAAAAAGGCAAAUGCUUGCCUU